AUGCCUGUAUCCUCAGAUACAACAUGCAGAUCGGACAGGGGUCAGUACUACGCCAUUGGGGACACCUGGAGCCCAGCCGACGAGCCUUGCAAGAAGUGCACCUGUCAGGCGGACGGAGACGCCACCAAAACCGAAUGUGUGGCCAGAAACUGCCCCAAUCCCCCAGGCCCCAAUUGUCGUCCACUCACCCUGCAGUUCCAGUGCUGUCCUUACGACUGGGAUUGCUCCGACUCAUACUUAAUCACGACGCCAAGGAAAUGGGUCAGAGGGCAGGAAGCGUCUGUCUGCGUCUUCCUCAUCGGCUCACCAGACAUCACAUUGAAUUUCUCGCUCAAAGACAAUUCGGAGGUUGUGUCCCAGGUCAGCCUAGAACAAACGGCUGCAAGCGGAUACCACUGUGUGAAUGUGACAGUUCCCAGCAGCACUAGGUAUAAUUCUGUGCUUGAAAUUUCUGGAGAAAUAAACACUGCGUCCAUCUCCGAAAAACGCGACCUGAUUCUUGUGUCCCUCACGCAGACUUUUAUCCAAACCGACAAAUUUCUGUACAUGCCGGGCCAGUUAGUGCGGUUCCGCAUCCUGACCAUUACUGGAACGAGAGCUCUCGUUUCUUAUGAAGACAUUCCAGAGAUAUGGAUUAUGUCGCCUAGUGGCAGAAGGUUGACGCAGUGGAAAAACACUCCCAAUCCAGUUGGACUGCUGCAGUUGGACUUCCAGUUAGCUGAGGAGGUGGAAGAGGGCACUUACCAGAUUUUCGUGAGAACCGAAGAGACAAGAGCAUCGCAGAGUUUCAAAGUGGAAGAAUAUGUGUUGCCAAGAUUCAGCCUCACCAUUCAGCCACCCCCUUAUGUCUUGGCAACCGACACAGAGGUCGUUUUCUCUGUAUGUGCCAAGUACACCUAUGGUCAGCCUGUUAAGGGGACUCUUAAGCUGUCUUUGACCUGGUCGUAUUUUUAUCAUUUUUACUACGAUAGCCCAACCCCGUUUGUAUAUGUGGAGAAGACACUAAGCGGUUGUGACGAAGUCAGCAUAUCAACGGCUGACAUUGGUUACGUCGGAUAUCAAAUAAAAGUGAAAGGUUCUUUUGUCGAAGAGGGAACAGGCAACGUCGCGAAUGCCACAGCUUCUGUGGAAGUGCAAUACACAUCUUCCAUUUUAGAAACCAUCACCCCUGAAGAAAACGUGAAACCAGGACUGCCGUUUAACUUCAGAGUGAAGGUGACUAAACCAGGUUCUUCGACGCCCGAGGGCGUAAUUGUUUCAGUAUGUGGGGGCUAUGGUGGUCCUUGUAAAAACUACUCAGCGGAUGAAUCCGGAAUCAUCAACGCCUUCAUUCCUCCUCACCUUCUUGUGGACUCGUCUUAUUCCUAUAUUUGGGCACAGACUCUCAAUGGAUAUCAGCAAGGCAAUCUGGGUUCGCUAUAUCCUGGUUACACCAGCACAUCCCUCUCAAGAUUCUUUUCUGCAUCUCAGUCCAGUCUCAGCCUGGGGUUGCUGCCUAAGUCACACAAAUGUUCACCUGGUGGAGACACCAUCAUAAUCCCUGUGAUGUUUGUGGCUAACUAUACUUCUUCCAUCAUUCUGCACAUCCAGGUGUUCUCAAGAAGUCAGAUCACGUACACCAGCGAAGAAGUCCACGACUUGACUCCAAAUGACCUCCCAAUCAGUGAGUCAGAUCUUCUGGAGCCUUUGCAACCACUCAGUGACAGCAGCCUCAUCAGAGGAUACUUCAACAUUGACAUUCCCUUAGGGCCAUUGACUUCACCUCACCUUAAGGUCCUGAUAUGGUACUCCCGCAGCGAUGGCGAGGUCGUAUCAACCUUUGGAAGAGCAGAUGUGAGCAAAUGUCUCAGGAACCCGACCUCCCUCAGGUGGGAGACGAAAACAGAUGCUUUGCCCUCUCCAAAGGAUGACAUCAGUCUCGUCCUUUCGUCCGCGCCGAGCUCAGUUUGUGGCUUAGGGGUGGUGGAUGAAAGCAUUGAACUGCUCUCUGGAGGUCAGCGAGGAACCCCGACACUUGGAACAAUAUUCCAGCUGUUCGAAGCAGCAGAAGUUAACCAGUGGGAAAACUCACAAGUCAAUGAUUAUCUUUAUUGCAAUGGCAAUAACGAAAACUCUGUUAUCGAUUACGACUAUGGCGCCGAGGUGCCUGCAGGAAGUCGAAGAAGAAAGCCCAAUGGAUACACUAACAUGCAAGAUGCCUUGAAAUCUUUUGACGUGGCAGGGGUGUACGUCAUAAGCGAUCUGACUCUGGAGACAAGGCCCUGUUAUUACACUUAUACUUACUACUAUGAUUAUGGAUUCAAUGAUUAUGGCGCUGCAGGGAUGACCACCUCGGGUGACUAUGGAAAUCUCCCCACUACAACAGAAGCUACGGCAUCUUUCGCACCAAUCACAGAACCUGCCUAUGUUACCACAAGUGGAUAUGUGGAUAUAGUCUCUAAUCCGGAAAAAGUCGAACUCGAGAGGGCCUACUUCCCUGAAAUGUGGCUCUGGGAAAUCGUUGUCAUUAGCGAGAGUGGCGAGACGGCGAAGGAGGUCGAACUUCCGGACACCGUGACGACGUGGGUGGGCGAGGCCAUCUGCCUCCAUCCAGAGUUGGGCAUCGGACUGAGCCCCAAGUCCUCCAUCACCUCCUUCGUGCCCUUCUUCCUAGACCUCAGUCACCCAGCCACCGCCCGCAGGAACGAGAAGGUCCCCGUCCUGGUCUCCGUCUUCAAUUACCUGACUGAAAGUCUGCCUGUGACCGUUGAGUUGCUGCCAAGCGCAGAUUACACGUCUCCGACUUAUUCGAUGAAGACCUGCGUCUCCGGCAGCGGGAAGGAAGUGGUACAGUUCCUGGUGGUGCCUCUGGAGGCCGGGAACGUCAACCUCACCUUCAGUGCCUCCAUCGACACUGACGGCGGAAGUUGCGGCGGGACAAUUGACGUCGAAAGAAGUGACGCCGUCAUUCGCCCUUUGAAAGUGAAAUUCGAAGGAAUAACCAAAGCAUCGACACAUGGACAAUACUUGUGUGGCAAUGACAGCGCCUUUACGUGGUCCGUCGAGAGUUAUCCUGGGACUGUCAACGGCUCAGAUAAAAUUUACAUCUCUGCUUCCGCUGACCUCCUAGGACCGACCCUUGAGAACCUGGGAAACCUGAUCCGAAUGCCUUAUGGCUGUGGUGAACAAAAUAUGCUGAACUUUGCCCCAAACAUAUACGUGAUGCAAUACCUGGCAUCGUCAGGUCAGCUCACUCCCAGCGUCGAGGAUCAACUUCUGAACUACAUGAAAAUAGGCUACCAGCAAGAGCUGCGCUACCAGCACUAUGACAGAUCCUUCAGCGCCUUUGGUAAUACGGACGCCUCAGGAUCCACUUGGCUCACAGCAUUCGUGCUGAAGUCCUUCAGUCAGGCUGAUAGUUACAUCACUGUGGACGAAAAUCUCCUCAUCUCAUCCAAAAAUUGGCUGCUGUCCCUCCAAAGCGAAAACGGCUGCUUCCAGUCCGUCGGCUUUGUGAUUCACACCGCCAUGCAGGGAGGCGUCGAUGGUUCAGAAGCGUCUCUCACAGCCUACGUCCUCAUAUCUCUUCUGGAAGGGAAUCUAACCCAGGACGUCCAGGUCAUAGCAAACGCCGUCGCUUGCAUCACCACAGCCACCACAAGUAGUAGCACAUACAUCAAGGCCCUGACGGCAUACGCUCUCUCCUUGGCGGGCGACAGCAGCGCCGCUGCUACGCUCAUUUCAGAUGUGUACAACAGUUUGACAUCAGGAAGUCCAGGUCUGUCUCUGGCUCUGACAGUUGAAGCUGCCGCCUACCUCCUUCUGGCCAUGCUGAAUGAAAGUCCAGGAUCAUACGCUGCCUGGGCACUUGAUAUUACUAAGCUUAUAUCAACUUAUCACAAUGGACAAGGAGGAUUCGUCUCGACACAGGACACAGUGGUUGCUCUGCAGUCCUUCGCAGCCUUCAGCGAAGCCUUCUCGCCCACAGGAACAGACCUCACCAUAUCAGUCACUGCUGGAAGUCAGUCGUUUGAUAUCGUCAUAGAUUCAGAGAACAGCCUUGUCCUGCAGACUAGCUACAUCACAGGCGAUCCACCAUUUAACGUCACAGUGACUUCGUCUGGAAGUGGGUGCGCUCUUGUCACGGUUACCCACAAAUACAACGUCUAUGAAGAGCCAGAGAGCUCUGCUUUUGCAAUGUCUGUCAAGACAGUCCGAGAAAGGUGCUCCUCUGUCAGUUCCCUGCAAAUUUGUGCUUCCUACGUCAAGGAGGACUCCGUAUCCAACAUGGCUGUGAUGGAGGUCGACCUCCAAACAGGAUACUCGGCAGAUGAGGACGACUUGAGAGGUCUCGUCGCUCAGCAAGUCAUCAAGCGUUAUGAGGAGACAGAUGGUGUUGUCUUCUUGUAUCUGGAAUCGGUCGGUGGCUCCGAAAUUUGUGUCUCCUUCCGAAUCCGGAGGGACCAUGAAGUCGAAGAUAUAGCGCCUGGCACCGUCACCCUCUACGAUUAUUACACUCCUGAAUUCAGGCUGACUCAGUCAUUCGAAACUGAAGACAUUGUGAUUCAGCUUGAAUGUCCAUCCACCACUGUAACAAUAGUGAUAGAUGACUUCACGAACUUCUGAGCAAUGUGAAAAAAAAGUGUCAUUGGUUUUAGAGUCUGAAUAUUAUUCUAGACACUAAGUUUAAUAUAUUUUAGUCAUUAUUUAUGUUCAAUUGGAAAAGAGAGGCCUUUAUAAUUAGAAUUUUUAAGGUACAGCAUUUUUGUUCAUUCUUUUCAGUAACCGUGUGGUUAUAUACCUACAUCAAAUUCCAUUCGAAACUGACAGAUAAAUGCUAAUUGUAGGCUAAAUUUGUAGUUAUUCAAGGAAGUGCCUCUGAUAGAAAUGUCAAUCCUUGAGUGAGGUAGAUAUGAAAGAUUUGCCUUUCUCUUUUUGGAUACUUGAGUGACGUGGGUUUUUAUUCGCCGGUUUUGGUAGCCUAAGUCUUGCCUAUUUCCUCGAUCCUUCCCUCUUCUUAUUUUUAAUCAGCUGUCUCCUUUCGUUUAUCAGUCUUCUCGUUUCAAAUUCUAAACUGCCGUUAUCAAUUUUGGUCAUGAUAUAAUGGGAUCACUAAUUUAGAUCAUCCCCUGUUUCUGCUAGAAGGAGCAAGACCCUUCCAGUUUCUCGCCUGCGGCGUCUCCCAAAAUAUGAGGUUUUAUACCAAAACAAAUACCAUCCUCUCUUCUCCAUCAACCCCGUAGUGGGGUACUGCUGUCAGUGCACCUCAUUCGGUGCAAUGUAAGCGUUACUUAAGGUUCUUUGCAGUGUCACUUCGGCCCCUAGCUGCAACUACUUUCAUUCCUUUUACUGUACCUCCGUUCAUAUUCUCUUUUUACCAUCUUACUCUCCACCCUCUCCUAACAAUUGUUUCAUAGUGCAUCUGCUUUGAGGUUUUCCUCCUGUUACACCUUUCAAACUUUUUACUAUCAAUUUCCAUAUCAGCGCUGAAUGGCCUUAGUUGCCCCAGUGCUUGUCAUAAUGCCAGAAGUCCAUAUAAAUCAAAUCUUCUCCAUCAAUAUUUUGAGCGUUUUUCUUUUUAUUUUGGUUUGGCUUUGACGGUGGAGAAAUUGUUGAGUUUAUAAAACGCACAUUAAGGUGAUGCAGCUUUUGUAAUGACCACAGCCAUCGAUGAUGGGAGUAUUGAUCAUAUCAACGACGCUUCCUGAUUCACCUUCUUUCAUCACAGCAUUGAAUCCGUGUCUAGAUUCACUUUAUCAGUGACCAGGACUCCUGCUCUUCUUUGGAGUCUUUCCAAGUCGCUGCAGUGAGUAUGUUGGCAGAGUUUAAAAGAAAGCUAGACAAAGUCAUUAGGACACUGUGAGUGCACAGUAAAACCUGAUCCUACAGAUAAGUGAGCACAAGAUGUCUCCUCUUAGGAUGCACUAACAAGUCUUUGAGACAUCCUAAUCCUUGUAACUCUUUGUAACUUCGGACUGCUUUCCAAAACACGGAAAUCACGAUUUUCCUAUUUCUGUUUUGGCUGAUCUAAUGCCUUUGCUGGUGGUUAUAAUGCAGCUCAGUCUGACAACAAACGAAGCAAACAAUAACAACAACAGUAUAAAAACUCCAACAUUCCUUUCUUUGAAACUCUGCAGUCUCUACUUUGCUUUACCAAAAUAUUAUAGGUCAUCGUCUUACAAUCUGAGGGCCAUUCUGAAAAUUUGUGAACCACACAGCUGCAACGGCCUCCGAAAAAUAAUUGUAAUUUGAAGAUAAAAUUCGAGGUCAUGAUGUGAAUAGGUUGGCAGACUUGAACAUCAUUUAAGAAUAUAUUUAAAUGUUAUAUUUGAUCAACAUCAGCAUAUCCUUUUUACGUUCAUUCAUUUCAAUCUGCAGAAUUGCUGUAGCCAUUUGAAUAUGAAGUUAUUUGUGUUAUAUUUUGAAGGGUUACCUGCGAUGCCCUAGAAACAGAUAUAAUCGAAGAGGCUGGAUUGUGUUCUUCAGCAUCAUUGCACAGAUUAUGGAAAAUAUAAAGUGGAAUCAUUACGAGACUUUUAUUUGAUACCUAGAGACAUGAAAGUGAUUCAGCUUUGAGCUCGCGUAUUUUAUUAGACAAGAAAUGAGUUGAAGGUUUUCUCAGAGACAAUCUUGGAGCAGGUGUUGAAUCAGAAGAUAGAUUUGUAGACAGACAUCUUCCCCAGCAUCGGGCUGGUGGUCAUGAAAAGAA